AUGUGGCACAUCGCUGAGCUUGGGUGCAUUCUGCUAGGAUUAAAUCUCGCCAACGCUCUUCUUCUAGAUCAGUCUUGCUACAACGCCAAAUAUCAAAUCACGAAGGGCGGCAAUACUAUCAACCUGAUAGAGCAAGCAUUUGAGAACGUGCGUAAAAACCUUGUUGGUAUGGUCGCUGAUCUGAAAAAACCAUUUCCGUCAGAGAAAGACCUGAAGACCUUAGCCUUGAAAACAGUAACUGGCUCUGCUACUUCUAUGAGUCCACACUUUGCUCUCCACUUUAUGAAUCUCUUUCAAGGCGAGGGAUCGACUAAGCUGGAUCAUGCUGGUUUGAAAGUUGUGAAGAGAGACGGUACAGCGGGUGCCGAAGCUCUACUGCGGCAUUUUGGCCAAGUUGCAAGAUUUCCCAACUCCGAUCCGGAUAAGCCAUGGCCAGCGAAUAUAGCCGACACAGAAACUAUUGUUUAUUGUGAUGUUAGCAGAUUCGCAGGAAAACUCGAUGUAGCAACAAAAGAGUAUAAGCAUGCAAUUAAUGGGGAAGAGGAUCUUUUGGACGAAGACUUCUACGACGACUGUAUAGAAGAUCCACAAAUUAUGGACUUUGAAACAAAGGCUUUCACGGCGGGACGUUCGGCCGCUGCGGCCGCUAUGUGGCCUAAUCUUCGUAACAAUAUGCAGCUCUGUCCACAGUGGCUUCGAGUCCUCCUGGCCAAAGGAGGCAUCAACAAUUUUGAGCAAAAGCGCUAUUAUGGACAACUCGCCAUACAGAACCAGCUUCUUCCUGACUAUCCAUGGCCACAGGUCAAACCGGUCACACCUCAGAAAAAGGGUUUGAGAGGAAAUCCUCAGGAGCAUAUUUCUAUGCAUGAUGGCAUUUGGCUGGAGCACACUCUUUUCCACGAACUGACACACACUGGUUGGUGGGAGGCACAAGUUCCAACAAGUCCUGGAGGAACAGCUGGAGCACAUAUCGAACCUCUUGAUGACCUACCGGGUGCAAAGAGCGCGCAGACAUCUCCAGGCGGGACCGUGACUCCUGCUUUGCGGCUUCGGGCGUAUGGAUGGGACAAUGCAGUUGAAUGGCACGUGGCACAAAAUGCCAACAACUGGGCCUAUCUACUCGACGGUUGGUUUGUGAUGAACAAGUUGCCGGUACCUAUGGCAAUUGAUACGCUUGGAGAGCUUAUUCUUGAAAAGUUUAUUAAAAAGGUGGACCCAAAAACCAAGAAGAUUCUCACUGCUAAGGAGCGGAUAGAGGCGUUUACCGCCUCGAAACAGAACACUGGUCAAUCAGGAGGGUCACAGGCGAAGCCCAUAAUAAAUCCUAGAGGUCUAAGACAACGUAACAUUUUCGGGUGGCAAUAUUAA